CCGGCGUCGCUCCCCUGCCACCACCCCACAACCGUUGCUCCGCCCCUGAAACCUACUAACAGCCUUUAACUCUUAAUUUUUUUUAAAAGUCUAACUAAUCAAGAUAUUCUUUUACUAACUCGAACUCAGCAUGGAUAUUGAUUUCGAUGGUCUGAUUUCAAGUGAUGCUGCAAAUACUGCAAAAGGCGGUAUAAAGUUUCAACCCAAAGGCAAACCCAAGCCCAAGUCCAAACCUAAUGCCCAACCAGAACCAAAGCCCACACCAACCCCUUCAACACAGUCUGUUGAGGUUGCUGCUUCUACGGCGGAACAGACUCGAAAUGAUUUUACUCAAAUUAUUGGAAAUAUCGGUGAUAGUUUGCAGUCGUCCUUUGAAAAGUCACCGGAAGAGAACACUGAACCAGUUGUUACACUGGGUUCAUCUAAUGACUUUCUUCCCAAAUCUACAAUAAAAACAACAGGACCAAGGGUUAGCAAAUUCAAGCCCAAGCCCAAGGCACAAAACCGUAAACUGCAACAGAUUUCUAACAACUCUGAUCCGGACGUAGGGCCUGUUCAACAUGGGGAAAAUAUUCAUUCAGUUCCUUCUCAAACCGACUUCAUUGAAAACGAGCCUGCUCUUUCAUUUCAAACAGAGACAAUCUCUGAUUACCAUGUGAAUGAAGAUUCCAUUAGUUUGAGUGAACUUUCUCAAAUGGAUUCAGUGAACGAAACUGGUAGAUCUUUAAAAAGAUCAAGACGGCUAGCAAGUAAAGCACUUCAAACUAUAGACGAAGCCGAGAAUGAGGGUAUUGAUGACUUUGUACCGGAAAAUGAAUCUUUAGUUGAUAGAAUUGAAAGUAAGUCGAAGUCAAAGUCAAAGGCUAAGAAACCUCUUGAUGAGAGCAAAAAACCCGUUAGAAAGCGUAAAAAGGACAAAGAGGUAUCAGGUGAGUUAACUGAAGUGCCCAAGAAGAAAUUCUCACACAGCACAAAACGAAAUAAACGACCAGUAAAUCCGGAAUUGCUUAGUAUCCCCGAGGAGGAGUUUGAGUUGCAUAUGCAUAAUUUCCCCUUGAGAGAUUUAAUCAGGCUAAGAGAGCAUAAGGAACGGAUCGAGAAAAAGGAAGCAUCUUUAUUGGGAGCCAAUGCAACAGAUGAAAGUGAAUCUGCACAAAACACUACCUACUACAAUUACCGAACUCACAUGAAAAUAACCCCGAGAAUGAAAUGGACAAAACAGGAUACAGAACUAUUCUACGAGGCUAUUCAGCAAUUUGGGUUGGAUUUCUCAAUAAUAACAGAAUGUUUUCCGGGGCGGACUCACAAGCAGAUAAUAUCAAAGUUUAAAAAAGAAGAUAAACAACAUCGAUUAAGGAUUGAAAGCGCUCCAAACACUCGUGCGAAGGGUCUUUCUCGUUUCGAAUAUGUACUUGAGCGGCUCAAACAAACCCAGGCAGAUGAUUCUGAGAACGAUAACAAUGACCCAACAGGUGAAGAAGAUGAGAUGCAGGAGGCUGCUGACAACAAUGAGGAAGGUGGGUUACAAAAAGACGUUAAAGAAGAUAUGGAAGCUGAUGAUAUUGAAGAUGAGGAUACUUGGAAUCAAUAUACAGGUGAAAUAUAAAAUAUAUAUUAUUUAACAAAAUCCCAUUGAAAACUCUUCCUACUUUUAGUUUGACCUUUGAGUUGAAGUUGCUCCAUUUUUAUUCAUAAUUCAUUAGAAAUAGAAUCCAAACGCUAUAGGUGUAUUCGCGGGUUUACU